GAGGGAACACAUCCGGAUGUUGAUACCUGUCAUUGGUAUCACUGGAAAAAUGUCAAUUCAGUUGGCAAAAUUACCAAGUGUCAACUGUCACUCUUUUUCUCAAGACAGCGAGUGCUGUGCACGUGUUUGUUAAAUCUAGGUUCCAAUAAGUAACCCACGAAAAUGGCCAAGCGUACAAAGAAGGUCGGAAUCACUGGUAAAUACGGUACCCGUUAUGGUGCUUCCUUGCGUAAAAUGGUGAAAAAAAUGGAAAUCACCCAACACUCCAAAUACUCCUGCAGUUUUUGCGGCAAAGAAGCCAUGAAGAGGAGUUGUGUUGGAAUCUGGUCCUGCAAGAGGUGUAAGAGGGUUGUAGCUGGAGGUGCAUGGGUAUACUCAACCACAGCGGCUGCAUCAGUUAGAUCUGCUGUAAGGCGUCUUAGGGAAGUUAAAGAACAGUAAUUUUGUAAGUUAAAUACGUUAAUAAAAAAAUAAAAGUUU